AUGUAUCCUGGUAACGUGCACAUCACCAAGGGUUUAAUUAAUGCUGAGCAAACCACACAGAGAUGCCUCAUGGGGGAAGAGUCAGAGAAACGAGGACAAGUAGAAUCAGGUGAGACAGAGCGAGAACAGGAGGCUGACAGUGAACUAGGCUCAGACACGCAGCGGGGAGAGAAACUCGAGUUUUUAAUGUGCAAACAGAAGAGAGAGGAGGACACUCUGCCAGGCUGAGAUCUGCACCAACAUGAGGAAGAGUGGGAUUUGUGGGAAGAGCAGGGGAAGUACCCAGCAGGUCGGAGGUGGGCAUCAAAGUGAGCUCUGAUAAAGGGGGAGUGUGCAGUGGAUUUUCCAAACUCCUCUUACUAUCUUGCCAUUACUGUGUUCCCAAGAUAACUCCAUUCUGUACCCUCCGCUCACCAUGAUGAGGGAUGUUGUCCCAGCUCCCCAGCAGGGGAACCCAGCUGCAGCAGCACCCAUCCCCAGCACCACCCCUGGGGAGCCCAUGGAUGUGGAGUGUCCCAUCUGCUACCAAGAGUACAACCAGUACAAUAAAUGCCCCAGGAUGCUGGAGUGCCUCCAUGUUUUCUGCACUGAGUGCCUGCAGAGGAUCCAGCUCUGCCCCUCUGACCCGGCUGACCCCCACAGCCCACCCGCGAUCCCUUGUCCACUCUGCCGCCACCUCACCCCUCUGGAGGCCGGCGACGCCCUCUCUUUACCCUGCAACUCCCGCAUCCUGGCCAGGCUGCCCCCCAUGGCCUUCCGCAUGCCUGUGUCCAUGGCAACCCGCCUUGCAACCGUCACCCAGAGAGUGGUGUUGUCCCUAGAGGGUGACAACAGGGACACCCGCUUCAUCAUCCUGCCCACCGUCAGCCUGCAGGUUCAGCAGAUGCACCCAGACAGGCUGUACGGCGCAGCGCCAGGCCUGAUGGGAGAAGAGGAAGUCAUACAGCAGAGCAAGAAGACGCUCUUCUGCGUGCAGCUGCUAGCUGUCACCUUCUGGGUGCUGUUUGUGAUCACAUGUGUGGUCGGGGUGGUGUUUGGCCCUCAUUUCUUAAACAGAAAACUCUAAAAAGAAUCAGGGUAUCUCCUUUUUUUAAGACGAUAUAGUUUAUAUAAGGUCUCAAUAUGGACUAGUUACAGGAUGAGUCUAUAAAAGUAGAUUACACACUUUCAUUUUUAGAAAACAGAAAACACAAGUUGUUUAUAAAUAUUACAUAUUGAUGAGGAUAUAUUUUAAUACUGUGGUUGAUCUCCACUGGACCGACUCUAUGUUUACAGAUUACCACCAUUUAGACCAAUCCUUUUUCAAUUUGUUGCACAUUUUUAAUAAAUGGUAGGCAGACAAAGUGCUCCCUCUAGUGGUUCAUGUAGAAAUAAACGGAUUGACACCAAAAAAAAGAUUCAUAUCUGAAAAGGAUUUUUGCGUGUGAAGGUUUUUAAUCACCUUAUCACACAUCUGAUGACUUUCUUGCCAAUGCAUAUAGUGAAUAAAGCUGGCUUACAGAACACAUUUACACGUCAUCUGUGUAAUUAGAAGAUGUGCUCCUGGAUAUUUAUGACUGAUUUCUGUUAUUUGUAAUGUCUUUUCAUGAUAGUAAAUGGGAUAGUCGUUUCAAUAAUCUUCAAAGGCCAAAAAGUAAAUGGUGCCUUAUAUUGAGAUCACCUUUCAGCAGACUGCGAUGAUAAAACCGACCUCUACGGCGAUGCAAUCAGAAAAGUCAUAUGUGAUGCAAAUAGAUUAAAGGCUUUAGCAGUGUAGACUUUCUUCCGUCUGUAUUGUUUUGCAUUUGUCCUGUCCUUGGGAUAUGUCGAUAGAUUUUGUGUCUUGGUAAUGAUGAUGCUUUAGUCUGUUAAACACUUUAAUAAGUUCACACAUAGAGCUUUUUUUUUUUGAUGUUCUGAACGAAUGUUUAUCUAAUUAAAUUGAAAUGACAUUGUGAUCUAGUGGUGCAUAUUGUAAAAUCCAUAUUUACUCUACACCUAUACUGACACAAGCUUUCAACCUUUGGAGCCUCUAAUGGGUUAGGGCACCAAAGAAGAAGCUUACUUUGCACUUAGCAGUAGAAUAUAAGGGAUUAACAGUUUUAUCUGUCUUCUUCUUUCUACUUUUAGAAUCAGUGCAUAUAUCCUAAAGCAACAGUAAAAUAAAUGCUAACAAGCUAAUAAUGAAGUAUGAUGCAUAGUUAGAGUCUAAGCACCUGAUGAGCAAGAUCAGAUAAGAACCCAAUAUUAACAUUAGAAAUAAUUAUCUAUAGAUAUGUUUUCAUUAAGGUUUAUAAAUGUACUUAUUAAAAUAAGUAUGUGUAGAUAUUAUCCUUAUAACACAUAACUUUUGUUGAAAGUCACAAACAAAAGGAUACAACAUAUGAAAGAUGUAGCCUGUAUGUACUGUAAGUCUCCCACUAACAAAGAAACAAAAGAAGAAUCUGAACCCAAUUUAAAAAAAUUAAUAUCACUGUUUUUUUCUGAACGUGUCAUUGAUAUUUAUGACUGUUAACUUUGUCUAACUUGUUGUGUUUUUGAUGUAUGUCCGCCUUUGAACAAAUAGAAAUAGAAAAGAUUAAAUAAAAUCAUUUUCAACUUUA